UCGUGUGACGGACUGACGGAAAUGUGCUGAGAUGAUAAAAUGAAUUACAAUUAUUACAAACUGCCUUUCACAAAUAACAGGAAAAAAUAUGCUUCGUAUAAUAAAAGAGGGACAUUUAAAGACGCACGAUGUCCAAAGUCAAAAGCAGAGACAAGUUCUGUUCCACUUGAAAGUUAUAGAUCCAAAGUGAAAUUGUUUUCAUCUAGAUGUCUAUUAAGGAAGACAGGUUGUACCACAGCAAAAAUUUCCAAAUAUCAUAUUUUAGAGAGCAAGAAUACGGGGCGAGACAUAUGUCGUAACAUACUGGAUACAGACAUUGGACUUGGUGGAUGCUACAGAAACAUUAAUUUGGAUAGUGUUAUUCCUGCAUUGUCACCGAUAUUAGAAUCAUUCAAGAUCCGGCAUAAUAGAUUUAAUUAUUUGGACAAGUUGAAAUAUAUGACCGAAAAUGGCCAUGGGAAAAGAACCCAGAAAUACAAAAAUCAAAUUGACAUCUGUUUGCUGCAAUCUUUCUUUAGUUUGCUACUGUACAGAAACGUCCCUCUUGAAUUAUUUGGCACAUUAAGAAAUCGAAAGGCUAUAAAGAAGACAAUAUGUCGUCUUUUGAAGACAGUUCCAGGAAAGAUGUCCAUAGAACGUGCCUUUAAAAGAAAUGUAGGAAAAACCAAAAUUGUGACUGGGGCGUCAUUAGACUUGCAACCAUUAUUCAACAAACUGGAUAUUUCUAGCAUUAGAUGGUUACAUUCAAUUGAUAAUGGUACAGUACGAUGGAUAGUCGUACUGAAACUGUUGCAUUGGUUUUUUGCACAAUACAUCAUAAAGAUUUUACAUAAAUAUGUGGUCUUGAAAGUAAUUCAAAAGAAAUGGGUUUAUAUCACAAAAGAUAAUUGGUGUAACAUGCAAGAAGAAUUUAUAAGGGAAAAAGAGAAUACUCUUAGUCUUGUACCAUAUACGGGAUUACCAAGUACAAUGCGUAAUUUCGGGACAUAUAAAUUUAUUCCAAGUUCUUCUGGUGUGAGAGCUUUAUUUUUAGCCAGGUACAAUGUUAAAGAAAAGUAUGACGAUACCGACGUUGUUUUAAGAUUUCUCCAACAAUUAUAUAUCACGUAUUUUAAUAACAAUGGAAUCCCAACUAUAGCAAGCUGCAGGAAGGCUAUUUGGAAUUUUAAAAACUCAAGACCUAAGAAACAAUUAUAUUUUGUUCUUUGUGACAUACAAGAUGCAUUUGGUUCAAUUAUACAACAAAAGUUAUACGAUAUUAUCAUUACGUGUUGCAAACAAAAAUUAGGAAAGUACCUCGCAGUACGAACUUUUAUCCUGUCGAAACCAAAAAGAAGCCAAAGAAAAAACACCGUGCAAAUUUUAUGUAACAAACUUAGGAAACGAAUUUCCAAAAAUGCAAUUCCAAGCGGAGAAAAACCGAAAUUAGUUCAAACAAAAAAGUUGAUUGAUAAGAUAUACAAAUUAAUAUUUCACCAAAAGGUUAAAUUGAACGAUCAGAUAUAUUCAAUAAAACUUGGGGUGCCACAAGGUGCAUGGGUAUCCCCGAUUUUGUCUGAUAUAUAUUACCAAUACAUGUCUAAAGAGAUAUUCUCUGAAUAUGCACACAACAGUCUUCUAUGUAGAUACGUCGACGAUAUUAUAUAUAUUACUGAGAACGAACAUUAUGCAGCAAAAUUUCUAGAAAUCAUUCGGAAUGGCGUACCUGAAUAUAAUACAAGAUUCAAUCCAAAUAAAAUAAAAACAAACGUGGGAAUGCCUUACGAUGUUCCUACAAAAAUAACAUUUUUAAAACGAAUUUCACUUACAAUAUAGAUAACAUUAAAUAAAAUAAAAAUAAAUUAAAUUAAAGUGUUAUCAUUUAUAGGUGAUAUACAUAUACAUUUGUUGUACAAUGAGGAAAGUGUAGUAGUUUCUUUAUGUCACUAUACUGUAAUUUCAAAGUUUUAUUUUUAUAUCUCGUUUAUACUUUAUAUUACUGCAUGUGAAUAUGUUUUUAUUUUUUUCUAUUUUGUUGCGUAUAUUUCAAGCAUGAGAUACUGAUAAAAAUGUAUAACGUUUUGAGAAUAUAAUACCUUUUCGAAAAU